GGCAGGAGUGUGUACUUCGUAAGUGUGUCUGCUAUAAGAGGCUCGCUAACAGGAAAUGAGCCGACUCUGGUGAUAGACAGAGACAUCAGAGCACAAGAUGGAUGAGGUCUCGUACACCCAGAGUAACCCGCUGUUUGACAUGUCGCUGAGCAGGAACGAGGUCUACAGCUUCCAGCCUGAUGAUCUGAAGCCAGCGAGACGCAGGAGACCAUGGUGUUUAUACUUCAUCGUCAUAUACCUCAUCUUGCAGACGGCCCUUAAUGCCUUCCUUAUUUAUAAAGUCUUCACUUUGGAGUCUUCAGUAGCUGGCCCCAGAACAGCCAAGCUGUCGUCCAACGACAUUACUCCGAUUGAUAACAGCCUGGAAACUCUCAUCCACAACAACACUGAAGAAACCAGGAGCCUGAAGGGUCACCUGUGGAGUCUGGAGAGCCAGGUGAAGAGUCUCUGUGGAGAGGAAGGUCAGCUGGACAGACUGAGAUCCGACCUCAACCUGCUCAACACCAGCAACCACAACCUGGAGGGGCAGCUGACGAGCAUCCGACUCAAGCCUGGACCAUCCGGACAGCCGGGACCUCCGGGCGCGAGAGGGCCCAAAGGUGACAGUGGCCUGAAAGGUGACAUGGGAUCAAAAGGAGAGCCGGGACCUACUGGUGCAACUGGUCCCAAGGGUGUCCCAGGUGAUCAGGGUCCAGGUGCGAAGGGAGAAGCGGGUGAACCUGGCCCCGCAGGUCGUAAUGGAGAGAAAGGAGACCGCGGCUUACCGGGCGUGUCAGGAGUACCUGGUCCUCAGGGGGCCACGGGGGCGAAGGGAGACCAGGGGAAUGUUGGUCCUCAGGGACCUGCAGGCCCAGCAGGAUCAGCCGGUGAGAAAGGAGCUCAAGGCCCUGCAGGACCUCCGGGUCCAAAGGGAGCGAAGGGGGAUCAAGGGGCUGUGGAGCGCGUUCGCCUGGUGCCGGGCCGAUCCAGAGGACGGGUGGAGGUAUUACACAACAACCGCUGGGGAACUAUUUGUGACGACAGCUUCGGGAAUUUGGACGGAGCCGUCAUCUGUAAGAUGUUGGGCUUUAGCUCCGUCGUCACCACGUUCACUGCCACCCCGGGUUCUGGUGACAUCUGGCUGGACGACCUGCACUGCACAGGAACAGAGACUGACAUCUUUGACUGUCCGCACAGCGCAGUGGGUACGCACAACUGCGCUCAUACUGAGGAUGUUGGAGUACAAUGUGUGUAGACUGAAGGGAGAAAAAACAACGGGCGUGAUGGCUGUUAUCAUAAAGACGCAGCCCUACAGUAUUGCUAAAGCAACAAUUGACCCUUGGCUAAGUCCCGCCCCCCCCUUAGUUAGUUAGCUGACUGCACGUUUACACGGCAGCUGUCGGAGCAGAAACCAUAUCGCAGCAGGCGCUACACAACUUUUGGAGUCAGCAUGACGUUACUUCAUCUAGGAGCCUUCGGCAAGAUUGGCAUUAUGUGACAGAUGGCUGGGUGCAAAAUUGUGGAAUGGACUUGGAUGUGAAAAAGUUCAAGUUGGAGGUACUGGUCUUCAGAUCCCAAACAGGAGAUGAUCAUGAUGGUUUACCUGCGGUGGUGAUAUCAGUGGGAGUGUCUGAAGUCAGAUUCACAAGCAACCUGCCACGUAGCUUCUUCCACAGGAGACAUCUGUCCAUGUUCUGUUUGGGAAAUGGGACAAAAUAAACCCAUAAACAAAAUAAACAAAAUAAACCCCAGUGCUGAUCAUUUUGGGACGCUACGUAUCGCUGUUGCAUUUGCACCAGACACAUCGUUUCACUCUUUUUGCAUCUUAAAUCACCUGAUCAACCCAACAGCAAACGUGUGGCAGAGUUUGAUGCUGAGAAUGUCCGAGUCGGCUUUUCUAGUCGUUGGUAGUUGAAUGCUAUUGGUUGAUUCGCAUUUGUGGGCGGGGCUUAGCCAAAGGUCAGUUGCAUCGACACUGUAUUGUAGCAUCACUGAAAAGAAUUCAUGAUCAGUCAAAGCAGUAAAGACUUUUUGAGGCUCUUAAUAUUAUAUCAAAAUACAUCACCGCAUGAUAUCGCAGUAUUUUUUUCUUAUAUCAAACAUUGAAAAAUCCCAAAGGACUCAUUGUUAAGUAUACAGUUCAUCUGUAUUUUAAGGACAAAUGUACUUUUUUGCUUUCUGUUUUAAUAUGACCAUGAUCUGUUUAUUACUAAACCUGCAUGAGACUCUAGAAUGAACCACUGACGAGGUCGAAUCAAAAUGUUGUGACGUUGUAGGAAGUAAAUAUUCAUUUUUAUCUAAAAGAAUGAGAAAUUAAUGUAACUCUACAGCAGCACAGCUCUGCAGGAGUAGGUACGCACGCACACAUGCACACAGUGUAUAAAGUUUCAUUCAGCUGAUUUUGAUUUGAAGUUAUCUUUAAGCUGCACAGUUAAUGUGCUUUUUCAGCUUUGUAUCAUUGUAAUGAGCGCACAUCUAUGAAUUGCACAAAUACUUAUUGAAAAAAACAUUGAGCUUUUUUGUGUACACUUUACAAUAUGUUGGAAAUCACUGAGCUGUUGACUUUUCAGUGCGAAAUUAUCAACAUGUUGAAAAUAAAAUGUCUUCUGUUUUCUUUUUUUUAAAUGAAAACAUAACAAGCAGAGUUUUAACGAUAAAAUAAAGUUUGGCGGAAAACAUCCCGACAGCGUC